AAACACAGAUUGAAGAUGUAAAGACAUUUUGAUUCCAAAGGGUUAUCCACACCCUCCUCUUCAGGUACGUUGUGAAGCUUCGUUAUCAUCAUCAGUCGCGUUCAUUUUUUCUCCAUUGAGUUGCAGUUCCAGCUCCGCCGCCUUUGCCCACCCCCCUCCCCCACAUUUUGAAAGUUUUGGAUCAAUGUCUCACAGCUUUGCUUCCCGACUCAAAUCUCAGGUUCCCAAACACUAACCUUUAUCCAUUGACUUCAUUCAAUUGUUUGCCAAACUAAAUUGUUAUAUGAGUUUGUUUAGAACGAAUCUCUGUUGAUGCAUUAUCUCUUCGAAAUCCCUUUGUCUAUUUCCUCUCAUUUGGGUGUUGUUUGAAGUAUAUAAUGAAUCAAAUUCUCUCAGUUCUUCGAUAUUGGCUUGUGAAUCAUCCCAGUAUUCUUAAAUUCGAAUGGAUCCAAGGCCAAACCUUCGCCUCCACUCCCCUGUUCCUCAUCCUCACUGUUUUCACUUACCUAUUCCUCACCUUCCUCCUCUCCCACAUUCCCAUUCCUUCCUUUUCCCCACACUUUCUCAAGCCAAUCUCAGCCCUUCACAACUUUGUGCUUCUCAUUCUCUCCUUCAUUAUGGCCCUUGGAUGCACUCUCUCUUCCAUUUACCAUGUGCCUCACCUCCAUUGGAUUAUUUGCUUUCCACCUCACACCCCACCAGUUGGACCUCUCUUCUUCUGGGCUUAUGUAUUCUACCUGUCCAAGAUUCUUGAAUUCAUCGACACCCUCUUGAUCAUCCUCACUGGGUCCUUUCAACGCCUCACGUUCCUCCAUGUUUACCACCAUUCCACGGUUUUGAUCAUGUGUUAUCUCUGGCUUCACACUUCCCAAUCACUGUUCCCCAUAGCGCUUGUGACCAAUGCCACUGUGCACGUGAUAAUGUAUGGAUACUACUUCCUAUGCACCUUUGGGAUUCGACCAAAGUGGAAGAGGUUGGUCACUGACUGCCAAAUCCUACAGUUUGUGUUUAGUUUUGUGGUCUCGGGUCAAAUGUUGUAUGAUCAUUUUGGUGGAUCUGCUGGUGGUUGCUCUGGCUUUUUGGGUUGGUGCUUUAAUGCUGUUUUCAAUGGCUCUCUGCUAGCUCUUUUCAUCAACUUCCAUUUGAAAAGUUAUGCUGCCAAUAGGAAGAAGAGAAUAGAAUCUAAAACCCAAUGAUUCUUUUAGUGACAGUUUGGCUGUGCUUUGUUUAUUUUAGAUUUAGAUCAUUACAAUUAUUGAUGAUGCUUUGUUCCAGUAAUUUGCACUUUCUUUCUUUUGUUUGAUAAUCGAGUGAAACCUAUCCACAGUUUAUUUUGCUCUAUAAACUGUAGAGAAAUGCCAAAUCUUUGACAUUCUUCAAUAAACCAUACGUGCAAACAA